AUGCCUGAGGACAGUGUGGAUCAACUCCUCCAGGAUAUUCAGCAGUUAAGUUCGUCGCUGAGGAUGGACUACGACGACCCCAUGCCAGGGUUUGGGGCGACCGUGGCCAUUGGUCUGACCAUCUUUGUGUUCUCCAUUGUCACCAUCAUCAUCUGCUUCACCUGUUCCUGCUGCUGUUUGUACAAGAUGUGCCGCCGACCCCGCCCGGUUGUAACCACAACCACUUCUACCACCGUGGUGCACACCCCUUACCCUCAGCCUCCAAGUGUGCCCCCCAGCUAUCCUGGACCGACAUACCAGGGCUACCACGCUGUGCCCCCUCAGCCAGGGAUGCCAGCUGCUCCCUACCCGACGCAGUACCCACCACCCUACCCUGCCCAGCCCAUGGGCCCUCCCGCCUACCAUGAGACAUUUGCUGGAGGUGCAGCAGCACCCUACCCUGCCAGCCAGCCUCCUUAUAAUCCAGCCUACAUGGAUCCCCCAAAGGCAGUCCCGUGA